AUGUGAUCUAUUCUUAAUGGGCCACCAUUUCGUGAGCACACUGUUCGCAGCUGAAGUGUUCACAUACCGUUACCAUUUGCGACAAAUCAUAAAUUGUGGCUGACGAAGUGGUAGAUCAUAACAAAUAGACCGCUACUAAAUCCCGUCAUGCUCUCUUUUUGGUGGCGUAUUAUGGUAAUGGUUUGGUGGCAUUUCAGUCUCCCCGUCAUGCUGUGCGCAAGGAUAAUAGCAUUGCGCUCGCCCGAGCUUUCCCCCAACUCGUGACACCUCGUGAUUGGGUCUAGUACCACUUCAGCUUGACUUUGCUGCAGCACGUAUAAGAAAGAUUCUUAGCAUUUCUUUCUGCUCCUAACACAUACCCUCAAGCCCAGACAUGCCGUUUCCUUCGCUUCGUUCGACACUACUCCAUCGCGUCUGGCUUGCGCAGACUGCAACUUUCUCGUCAUCGCGUGCUAGUAUCAUUGGAAACCGGUGCAUGUCCCAGGGUAUCACUCGGGACUCUAUGACGGGGAAAACUGUUGCUCCAUUCGAUAUUGAGCCCUCCCGGCUCACUAUCACCAAAACAACGAGCCCGAAGGAGCUACCUCCCUCUAAGAGCCUUGUCUUCGGACAGACAUUUUCAGACCACAUGCUGAGAAUCCCCUGGACUGACGUUACUGGUUGGGGGGCACCCAGCAUCGUACCUUUCAGCGAUAUCAAUUUGUCCCCUAGCAGUACUAUGCUCCAUUAUGCCCAGUCACUAUUUGAGGGUAUGAAAGCUUACAGGCACACGGAUGGCACCGUGACCAUGUUCCGACCUGACAUGAACAUGAAACGUAUGAACACUAGUGCACGGCGGCUAGUGCUUCCUACAUUCAACGGCAACGCGCUUAUUGAAUGCAUAAAGGAGUUGAUCACCCUUGAGCGUGAAUGGAUACCUAAGGAGCCCGGACACAGUCUUUAUAUCCGACCCACAUUAAUUGCCACGAAUAACGCGUUAGUUAUUGCUCCCCCAAAGGAGGCACUACUGUUUGUGAUCACCUGUCCUGUAGGACCAUACUACCCUCAAGGGUUCAAACCCGUGCCAUUGCAUGGCACUACGGAGUACAUUCGCGCAGCGCCCGGAGGCAUCGGUGCAUAUAAGCUGGCCGCGAACUAUGGUCCCUGUGUCGUCGCACAAAAAAGUGCAGCGAAUCAGGGUUACGCGCAGAACCUGUGGUUACAUGGUCCUGGGCACUGGCUCACGGAGGCGGGCACUAUGAACUUGUUUGUUGUUAUCAAGGACAGGGGUGGCGUGAGCGAGCUCAUCACGCCUCCUCUCGACGGAAUGAUUCUCCCGGGUGUCACCCGCGAUUCUGUGUUAACGCUUGCACGUAACCAUGUUUCGGGUGUUAAGCGCCUCCAAGGUCUUCCUGAUGCCAUCAAGGUCUCGGAGCGUCCCGUCAACAUGGGCGAGAUCAUCCAAUCCUCGAAGGAGGGUCGACUUGUUGAGUUAUUUGGUACUGGUACGGCGGCUGUCAUCAGUCCUGUUGAGAGAAUUGGGUACAACGGAGGUGAUAUCAUGAUACCAACUGGUGAGGACGGUAUGGGUCCCGUCUCGAGGCCUCUUUGGAAAGAGUUGGUGGGUAUCCAAACGGGAACUGUCAAGAGCGACUGGAACUACGUGGUAGCAAAGUAAUGCGGCCGCUGUUCACAUCGGGUAUCUAUGCCUGCUUCCUUAGCUAGGCCCUAUACCCCCUUUAUACAAAAAAGACUGGCACUUCCUGGCGGUGAUG